UGCUGUUCGGACGUGAAUUUUUCUUUGCUGUUGCUCGUCGCGCUGGCCAGAAAUAUUUUUUUUUUUCUGUUGUUCAAUCCCUUCUCGUACUGCCUUCCUUCUCGUACUGCUUGUGUGAGGUUUGUGCAGUGUGUACUGUUCUGCGGCAGUGGUAGUGGUAGUGGGAGAGGUAGCGGUGCGCGUACUCACUCCCCCGCAUCGUCCAAUACCGUAUAGUUUGCUCAAUCGCGCGACGACGGCGGCAAGCGGCCCCCACCGCGAAAGAGGGCCCGUUUCGUUUUCAAUCAUCAACAGCAGCAGCACACAAUCGUGUCCGUGGAUUUGUGAGUGUGUGUGUGUGUGUGCGCUGUUGUGUUUUGUGUGCAAAUAAAAAAAAAAAACGGAAAGAAGAACAUUAGCAGCAGCAGCAAUCGUCAGAAGAACAUCGUCAAAAUGUGAUCGAGAAAAGCGGUGAAAUUAGCAUUAUCGAAAAAAAUCAAACGACUAAUCAUUUUGCUUUCGGUUGUCACCGCCCGGUAGUGAUAAGGAAAAUUUUCUCAAUCCGUAAGAGGCAGAAUCCUGCGGAAAGAAGAAAAUGACCGUGUGGAAAAGUGUUGGUGAAGCGAAAAUGCUCGCAAUCGCUAAGGCCAACUACAGCGAGUCGGACAAAGAGCACAGACUGGAACUGGACGUGGGCGAUUCGGUGGUCAUUCUACAGGAAGCUGCCAACUGGUACUACGGAUAUAACAGAAGUCGCCCGCAGGUGCACGGAAUCUUUCCCAAGUGCUACGUCCAUGUCGUCGACAGCCGGAUAGCCAAGGGCGGCGAACUGGUCGUAGCUCGAAGUGAAAUAGUCGAAGAGAUCACAAUCGUACUGAAGGAGUGGCAGCACCUCUACCGGAGGUUCUACCUGUACACGCAUCCGGAUUUCAAGGCCAUACGGCUGAAAAUGCUGGAGCUAAUUCGAUUGCGGUCGCAGCUCCUCUCCGGCAAUCUACCCGUGGACGAAAUGAAAGACAUCAAACUGAAGGCCACCUCGGAGAUCGACACCGGAAACAAGAUUCUCCGGCUGGACAUGGUGGUUCGGGACGAGUGUGGAAAUAUUCUGAACAUCGAGCGGACGUCUACGACGCAGCUGUACGAGCACCACCUGAAUGCGGUCGAUCGGAUCAAGCGGGCCAGUACUUCAACCAGUAAAAAUCGCAUCGUGGAAACGAUGAACCGUCACUCGCACAAUCUCCUACUGUCGGUUCACAAUUUCGUGUGUCGACUGUGCGAGGAUACGGAGAUCCUGUUCACGUUGUACGAUGGAGAAGAGAUGCGAGCCAUCACAGAGAACUACGUAGUCAAGUGGAGUCGGCAGGGCGUAGCUGCCGAUCUGGAUCAGUUCAACAACAUCAAAGUGCUGUUUACGGAUCUCAGUGGGAACGAUCUUAGCCGGAAUAGGAUAUUCCUGGUGGCGUACGUGGUUCGAAUAGGGGCCAUGGAGGGUAAGGAUACCGAUUCGAGACGAAGUAGUAUGGCGAACUCGUCGAAUACGGGAAGUGUGAAAAGCAAGAGUCAAUUGACGAAUCAGAUGAGUACUCCGGCAAGUCCGGGGGGCCCGGGUGGAACCGGUUCAACGGGUGGGACUUCGGUGAACGAACAGCAAAUGAGAAGACCGUUCGGUGUGGCUUCGCUGGAUUUGAAGCCCAUUAUCAAGAGGUCGGAAGAUUUCAAAAGUGAUACCCAAUUGAAGAUGCCAUUCAUUCCUUGUGAGAAGGAAUCGCUCGAGAGUACGCUGCGGAAGCUGAUCAGCAACAAGGAUCUAGGAGAUAAGAGUGACGCGGCAAUUUGGAUCAGCGUGGAUAUCCUGCAUGGGGAUAUCAAGCAGGUCAAGGAGGAGUAUCCACAUUUGGUACUGGGAAAUGUGGCAUUCGCGCGGAAGAUGGGAUUUCCGGAAGUGAUCUUCCCAGGGGACGUUCGAAACGAUCUCUACCUAACGCUAGUCGGUGGUGAGUUUUCCAAAGGCUCCAAGAGCAGUGAUAAGAACAUCGAGGUUACGGCGAUGGUGUGCAAUGCGGAUGGGGUAGCGAUUCCGGGGGUGAUCUGCUACGGGGGUGGGGGAUAUGCUCUGAAUGAGUACAAAUCGGUGAUCUACUACCAUGAAGAUAAGCCCAAGUGGAACGAGACAUUCAAGAUCGAUGUGCCAAUCGAGGAGUUCAAGCAGUGCCAUUUGAGGUUUACAUUCAAGCACCGGAGUUCGAAUGAAGCCAAAGACCGGAGUGAGAAGCCUUUUGCGUUGUCAUACGUGAAGUUGAUGAACGACGAUGGGACCACGUUGCAACAUAAGAGACAUCAGCUGUUGGUGUACAAGAUCGAUCACAAGAAGUUCGAUCAGGAUUCGCAGUACAACUAUCUGCAGUUGCCCGCCUUGAUAGAGGAGUUGGCCAACAUCAGCGGGGGAAAACCAUCGAUGAGUGGGUUCAGUUUGGCUUCGAAGGAUAGCUUCACGAUCGAGACGAAUCUGUGCAGCACGAAGCUAACGCAGAACGUGGACAUUUUGGGCUUACUGAAUUGGUCUUCCAAGAAGGACAAAAUGGAGGAAUCGCUGAAUGCGCUGAUGAAUGUCAAGGGCGAAGAGGUGGUCAAGUUCUUGCAGGACAUUCUGGAUGCAUUGUUCAACAUUUUGGUGCUGAACGACGACGCAUCCAAGUACGACAACCUGGUGUUCAAGUGUUUGCUGCGGUUGAUCGAAAUCGUGUACGAUCUCAAGUAUCAGCACUUCCAAUCGGUGCUGGAUCUCUACAUCAACGAGAGCUUCUCGGCGACGUUGGCCUAUGAAAAACUGAUCAACGUAGUUCAGACCCACAUCAAGAAUGCAAUCAACAACGUCAGCAGCGAGCGAUCGAGUUCGAUCAGUACCUACGCCGUCAACGAGAACGACGAAACCCUCUUCCGAACCACCAAGUAUCUGCAGUAUAUCAUGAAGUUUAUCAUCCGGUCGCGAAUUUUAUUCUCCGAUCUGAACCAAGGCAAAGAUCGCGAACUGUUCGAAACCAUGUUGGAAGAUUUGCUGGAGUCCUUCAUCGAGCUGAUCAAGUAUCAGAAUGAUCUGCUGAAAUCGCAGGGUGCUUUACUAAAGUAUCUGCACAUCAUCACCUCCGAUCUGAUGCAGGUCUACGAUCCGAUCAAGCUCAGCCAACGAAUCGUGGAUAUCAUUACGAACGUUCCGACGGGCCGUUUGAAUCAAUCCAAGAUGACCUGCAUCAAGGACGUGGUGGACUCCAAACUCUUCAAACUGCCCCAGUGUCGAGCGAUUUUACUGCCCGUGUUCUGCCGGCAGAUCAAGGACAAGCUCGAGAGUAAGGAAGAGGGCGAAUUUAUGUUCGACAUCCGGCAGCAGGAGAAAAAUCUAAUCAAGGCGGCCAAGGUCCUCGGGGAGAGCAAGUCACAGCUGCACACGCGCGAAACCACCGCCAAGACGAAGGUCGCCGAGUGCGUCAACAUCAUGAACAACAUGCUGGAGUUGCUCUUCCACAGCGAAGAGGACAUCGGCCCAACGGAGAACGACAUCCGCGAGAUCAUGCAGAUCCUGCUGCGCACCGUAAUCCAGAGUUCGAUUGCCAUGGAUCGCGACAACCCUCUGGUUGGCAAUCUGGUCGCGAUCAUGUUGGGCAUCUUCCGCACCAUGAAGGCCGUCCACUAUCAGGCGUACGUGCACCAUUUCCUCACCAGUUUCGAUUUGCUGGAUUUUCUCAUGGAGAUCCUGCUGGUGUUCAAGGAGCUGGUUUCGAAGCCGGUCUUUCCGCCGGAUUGGCUGGACAUGAUCAUGCACCAGAAUACGGUAAUUCUGGAGAGCCUGCGGCACUUUUCCGGGAUCAUCAUGGAGUGCUUCUUGUCACAGUUCGAGAAACAGGUCUGGUCGAACUACUUCCAGUGUUCGAUCACGUUCCUGACCCAACCGUCGCUUCAGUUGAACAUGUUCAGCAAGACGAAGCAAUCGAUGAUCCUCAGUAGCUACCGGGAUAUCCGGAGGGAGACGGCCUUCGAGAUUCGGAAGAUGUGGUUCAACCUGGGAGAACAUAAGAUCAUGUUCGUUCCGCAGUUGGUCGGUCCCAUCCUGGAGAUGAGUAUGAUCCCGGAGGUAGAACUACGGAAAGCGACCAUCCCGAUCUUCUUCGACAUGAUGCAGUGUGAGUAUUAUAGCUCGAAGUAUGUGAUGGAGAGCUACGGGGAUACGAAGAGGAAUACCAGUCACAUCAAGGGGAAUUUCAACGAUUUCGAGAAGGAAAUUAUCGAAAAACUAGACCAUUACAUCGAAGGCGGCUACGGGGAUGAAGAGUACAUGGAGCUGUUCUACGAGAUCAUGUACGAGUCGUGCAGUAAUCACAACACGCUGAAGGCCUACGGAAUUCAGUGCGUGAACGUGUUGACCAGGUUGAUGGAGAAGCUGCUCGAGUAUCGAUGCUUGAUCCACGAUGAAAGCAAGGAGAACCGGAUGGCCUGUACGGUAAGUCUGUUGCAGUUCUACGCUGAAGUCAAUCGAAAGGAGAUGUACAUUCGGUACGUGAAUAAGCUGUGCGAUCUACACAUGGAGUUCGAUAACUUUACGGAAGCUGCGUACACGCUGAAGCUGCACAGUAACGAACUGUACUGGGACGAUACUCCGCUGUCUCCACUGUUGAAGUCGAGUCGUCACUUGUCCUGUAGCACCCAUUGGGCUCUGAAGGAGAAGCUUUACCGGGACAUUAUAGACCUGUUUGACCGGGGUAAGAUGUGGGAAUCAGCGAUCGAUAUGUGCAAAGAGCUGUCGCAACAGUAUGAGAACGAAAUCUACGACUAUCUGAGCUUGGCUGAACUGUACAAGAAGAUGUCCCAGUUCUACGAGAAGAUUCUCCGGGAGAAGCGCUUUGAGUCCAACUACUAUCGGGUGGCAUUCUACGGGUAUGGGUUUCCACAGUUCCUUCGCAAUCAGGAGUUUGUCUACCGGGGGAACGAGUACGAAGACUCCGGUUCGUUCAACACCCGUAUCCUUAGUCAACAUCCUCGGGCGGAGUUGGUUCCAACGCUGAAUCCAGGCCCGGAGAUUCGUCAAAGCGAAGGCCAGUUCAUACAGAUUGUGAAAGUGGAUCCCGUCAGCCGAGAUAUCCGGAUUGGGAAGGACAGGAAGAACAUUGCGUGCAAUAUCCUGAAGUUCCACCAAACGAACAACGUGAGUGAGUUUCAGUUUUCGCGGCCGAUACGGGACUCGAGUGGCAGUGGGGAUGACAUUGCGGGCACUUCGUACGAGCGAACGAUUCUGAGGACGACGGAUGCCCUGCCGAGUAUUCUCCGGUGGUUCCCGGUGAAGUCAUGCGAGACUGUGAUGAUCUCCCCGAUCGAGAUGGCGAUCGAAACGGUGGAAGCGAAGAACCGUGGUAUCCGCGAGCUAGUUCUUGAACACCAGGCCGAUCCGACCAUUCCGAUCCACUCGCUGAGUGCGACCAUCAACGGCGUGGUGGACGCCGCCGUUAACGGGGGCAUUCCCAUCUACGAGGAAGCCUUCCUGACGCCGGAAUAUCUGAUCAAAUACCCGGAGGACGACCAUCUGGUAGCGCGGUUGAAGGACUUGAUCGCUUCGCAGAUGCCUCUGCUGGAGGUCGCCAUUCUGGUGCACAAGAUGAAGGCUCCAGCAAAUUUGAUGCCCUUCCACGAACGGCUGGAGUCGUGCUUUGCCGGCAUUCAACCGACGAUCGAAGAAAAGUACGGAAAACGGACGACCGACAUCAAGAUCGAUCGGGAAAGCGAAGUGACGCUGAGACGACAGAUAUCGGCAUUGCCGCAGGUCAGCAUCGAUUCGAGUCGACUGUCGGAAACCAGUAUCGGUUCCUCGGAUAGCGGAAUCUCGAAGAGUCAAAACAGUCGCCCAACGACGACCAGCUCCGGUGGGUUCAAAUCGACCUUCACCAAUUUUGCAACGAAUUUCAACAAUACAAGUGACUUUUUCGAGUUCGAUCGCCUAAGCCUGUCCAGCGUCAAGCUCGGGACCCAAUCCGGCAAGCUGAUCUCCACCAUUUCGACCAAGAUUGGCAGCAAAAUUCGACAAACAUCCCUCGGUAGUUCCCCCGGUUCCAAAGGCAAAAAAGACAAAUACGGCACAAAGCGAAGAUCGAGUCGUAAGAGCGAUCGAGACUCGUUGAAUCUGCAAGUCUCAAACAGCCAGUUCUACACGUCACCCAUAACGGUGGCAAGCGAAGUACUGGGUAUAGGAACUUGCGGCGGUGGUAAUAGCAGCUGUAGCGAUCGGGACAGUGCCAUACUGCUGAGUGGACCCUCGAGUGUCGGUUCUCCGACCUGCUCGACGCCAACCGGCUGCAGUACACCGAAAGUAGAGCUAACCGAAGAGCUCCAUCCAAAGCGCCCACUCCGUUCGGAAGUGGAGAAGGAAAAACGUAAUUCUCGACCACCGAGCGUGGUGACGCCCACGCUGAGCAUCAAGACGCUAACCAGUGGUGGGGACACCAAUUCCAUUGGUUCCGCGGAGAGCAGCAGCAAUCGCAAUUCCAUCAUAACGAACGAUUCUACUACCUCGGAAGAAGAUCUAGUCCCACCACCGCUGCCGAUGAAGACCCGUGAUAGCGACUACAGUAACUUGCCGCUGAACGACAGUGCCCUGCACCGACGGUUAACGGUCGCCAGUCACUACGUCAGCUGUAAACCGUUGCCGCCGAUUCCGACCACCGUCGCCAUCAACUCGUCAUACGAUGUGGUCGAGAUGAGAAACAAUAGCGUGAUUAUGAUCGGCAGUCCAAUAUACGAUGAGCGGAAGCGACCACCGACGCCACCGCCGAAGCCGGCACGGAACUCCAAGGUAUGAUUUUAAUUUCCGGAAACUGAGAAUCAAAAUUAGUCAGUACAAACCGUACCCCUCGUUCGCGAUUACACGGGGUGAGUACAAGCGGUGGGAAUUGAUUCGCACAGGAUUUGUAUAGAUAGAUGGGAACGCAAAUUAGAUAGCCGAAGGGCGGGGAGGGUAGGUAGCGAGAAAAGACGAAUUUUACACACCGAAUUUGAUUCCGUUUCGAGUCGAAGAAGCAUCGCAACAAGAAGCCAUUCUAUUUUUUACGUUCUCGACGUAGUAUUUUUUUUUAUUUAGGUAAGCGGCAAAGCCGGCUAUUUUCGUUGUUUAGUUUUACUCAAAGACGUAGAUUCGUGUCCUCACGUUUUGUUACACUGUGUAUAGAUCGGGUAACCUUUCAAGUUUUGACAACUUACCAAAGACGACAUAGUAGGCGCAUUAAUCCUACUUUCCAACGUAUGUAUUUAGAGCACAUUAGGUUAGACUAAGGCGGUAGAUUAGGACAAUGUUGAUGUGAACAAAAAAUGACGAACAAAGCCGAGAGAAAGAGAAAGGAAGCGAGCUUGUGUCAAAUAAAGAUGAAUUGAAGGGAUAGCUAAUCGAGAAAUGUAGGUCCAGAGAAAGUUUAUGGAGCAUUAUUUAUAGAUCAAUUCUAACGAUUUACCGUAUGCUGCUUAGGUUAGGAUCAUUUGGUUGCGAGACCAAAGUAAGUUUACACGUAUAGUUCACUAUAUCUUUAUUCGGAUACAUAUAAUUUAACUGCAACUGCAAUUUCCUACGAAGAACGAUCGAUGGCAAUCGUGUGGGGGGAGUCUUCACCAUUCACGCAAUAUUAUUUUCUAUUCUUUAGAAGGUAAGCCAGUCUCGGUAAGGAUCAGUAUGAUAAUAAACCAACAUGACGCAAUGGUACGCUGUUGACGUUGUGUGCUGCGUGGCCGGCUUUGGGACGCAGGAUUCCAGUUAAGA